AAGACACGAGAUUAAUGGAAGGAGAUAAGAUCCAGAGGAAUAGGCAAGUGGGGAAGAAGAAGAAGAAGAAGAAGAAGGGAGAAGAAACAGCUGUUCUUUCUUUUCUAAAACCUCAAAAAAUCUAAAACCAGAUCUCAGUAAUUUAUCUGAGGAGGGAAGACAAAACAACAACAAACAGAAGAAGACGAAGAACAAGAUCUGUUCUGUUCUGUCUGAAACACAGAGAGAGACAAAGUCAACAACAACAAACACCGAGUCUUCCACGACGCCGUUUUAAGCAAAUCUUUUGUUUCUUUGGCUCAAAUCGGAGAAAUGGCCGGAGGGUUCGUCAGUCAAACGCCGGGUGUUCGUAACUAUAAUUACAAACUGACACCGAAAGUGUUCGUAACAUGUUUCAUCGGUGCUUUUGGUGGUCUCAUCUUCGGAUACGAUCUUGGGAUCUCAGGAGGGGUAACCUCGAUGGAGCCUUUCUUGGAAGAGUUCUUUCCUUACGUGUAUAAGAAGAUGAAGAGCGCACAUGAGAACGAGUACUGUCGAUUCGAUAGUCAGCUUCUCACUCUCUUCACUUCUUCUCUCUAUGUGGCGGCUUUGAUCUCUUCUCUCUUCGCCUCCACCAUUACUCGAGUUUUCGGUCGGAAAUGGUCCAUGUUCCUCGGUGGUUUCACCUUCUUCAUCGGCUCUGCUUUCAACGGCUUUGCCCAAAACAUCGCUAUGCUUCUCAUCGGUCGUAUACUACUCGGUUUCGGAGUCGGAUUCGCCAAUCAAUCUGUACCGGUUUAUUUAUCAGAAAUGGCUCCUCCGAAUCUAAGAGGAGCUUUUAACAACGGGUUCCAAGUUGCCAUUAUCUUUGGUAUUGUCGUUGCAACGAUCAUCAAUUACUUCACCGCUCAGAUGAAAGGAAACAUCGGAUGGAGAAUUUCUCUCGGAUUAGCUUGUGUCCCUGCAGUGAUGAUCAUGAUCGGAGCCCUGAUUCUUCCCGACACUCCUAACUCGCUCAUCGAACGUGGCUAUACCGAAGAGGCAAAGAAAAUGCUUCAAUCCAUCCGAGGAACAGAUGAGGUUGAUGAAGAAUUCCAAGAUCUCAUUGAUGCAAGUGAGGAGUCUAAGCAAGUGAAACACCCAUGGAGGAACAUCUUGCUUCCUCGUUAUAGACCACAACUGAUCAUGACUUGCUUCAUUCCUUUCUUUCAACAACUUACCGGAAUCAAUGUCAUUACCUUCUACGCACCCGUUUUGUUCCAAACCCUCGGGUUCGGUAGCAAAGCCUCCCUCCUAUCAGCUAUGGUAACCGGCAUCAUCGAGCUCUUGUGUACCUUCGUCUCUGUUUUCACAGUGGAUAGGUUCGGAAGAAGAAUCUUGUUCCUCCAAGGAGGUAUCCAAAUGCUUAUCUCUCAGAUUGCUAUUGGAAUCAUGAUUGGGGUCAAAUUCGGAGUGGCUGGAACAGGGAACAUAGGGAAAACAGAUGCUAAUCUGAUCGUGGCACUAAUCUGCAUCUACGUAGCGGGUUUCGCCUGGUCAUGGGGACCGUUGGGAUGGUUGGUUCCAAGUGAGAUAUCUCCACUAGAGAUCAGAUCAGCAGCUCAAGCCAUAAACGUAGCGGUGAACAUGUUCUUCACAUUCCUAGUGGCUCAGCUCUUCCUCACUAUGCUCUGUCACAUGAAAUUCGGACUAUUCUUCUUCUUCGCCUUCUUUGUCGUCAUAAUGACAAUAUUCAUCUACAUGAUGUUGCCUGAGACGAAGAAUGUGCCAAUCGAAGAGAUGAACAGAGUGUGGAAGGCACACUGGUUCUGGGGAAGGUUCAUACCUGAUGAAGCUGUUAACAUGGGUGCUGCUGAGAUGCAACAAAAAUCUGUAUGAUGAUGAAAACUUGAGUCUUGUAUGGGCAAACAAAAAAUUUAAAAGAGAAAGUGAGGAUUAUUAAGAUGCAAAUAAGAAAGAAAAAAUGUCAAAAAUGCCUUACUUCAUAAAAGAAAGCUCCUCUGUUUUUAGAUGCAGAGAUUUAGCUCUUUUUUUAGUUUUC